AUGUUCACCAUCCCAAAGCCUGCGAAACAAACCGCAGAGGACACCAUCAUAACUCUUUCGGGCAGAUUAGCCUCAUCAACUCUUCUUGAAGAUAGACGCGCAGCAGUUCUUGGACUCAAAAGUUUUUCAUCUGACUAUCCAGCGACAGUAUCCAGUAACGCACUCCGGGGACUAAUCGGAUGUCUCGAUAGAGACAAGCAAGACGUUGAUAUCACCCAAGCAAUACUUCAAACACUUCUUAUACUCUUCAACCAAAAUGCAAAUAGUCCGGAGGCUUCCGAAGAAAUUCCGCUCUGGCUUGCAGACGAAUUCACCCAACGACAGGAUAAUAUUACACUACUUCUAGAUUUCCUGGAUGCGAAUGACUUCUACAUUCGACUUUACUCAUUAAAACUUCUAUCUGCAAUUCUUUCAUCACGAACUGAGCGGAUAAAAGAAUGCAUUGCUGCGGCGCCGUUGGGAAUAUCAAAAUUGGUUGUUAUUCUGGACGAUAAAAGAGAUGCAAUACGUAACGAAGGCUUAUCACUCCUGACCUAUCUCACUCCAAAUUCUAUUGAAUUACAAAAGCGAAUAGCAUUCGAAGACGCCUUUGAUCGGAUUUUUAACAUAAUAGAGCAAGAAGGUUCCCUUCUCAACGGUGGUGGAUUGGUUGAAGAUUGCCUUAUACUUUUUGCAAAUCUACUUCGCUUGAAUGAAUCUAAUCAGUCACUAUUUAGAGAAACAGGAUAUGUGCCCAAAAUUUCCAGGCUGCUGGGCGACGCAAUUAUCGAACAGUCAGAUGAACCAGAGCUUGCUGACUGGGCUAAAACCCAGAGAAAUCGUAAUCUAUACGCAUUACUGGCAGUAUUGCGGUUAUUUUUAGUCAAUGGUAGGGCUGGAACGCAGACAAACCAAGUAUCGUUCUGGCAACAUGGAGUACUGCAAGAAGCCCUUAAAUUAGCAUUUAACAGCUCAUCCGAAAACACAAUAAAAGCGGAGGCUUUGAUAACUUGCGCAGAUAUUAUUAGGGGUAAUUCCAGUCUUCAAGAAGGAUUCGCUCAGAUGCAAGUCAGCUCUAUCCUCGAACAGCCUCUAGCUAAAGGUGGUGAAACUUCAAAGGUGUACGUUAUAGAUGGGCUUCUCGACCUUGCGCUAAGUUUGUCUGAGCUACUUGCAUUUGAUGCUAGACUUGCUGCUUGUGAAUGCCUUAAAUCCUAUUUCAUUGGUCAUGUUGACAUACGUAAACACUUUAUACGACGUGCUAUUGAUGGAUAUACAAGUGGUGUGGAUGAGACAGCUAACGUUCUGAAAAUUGUCAUCAAACCUUCGGAUUCUCAAGCCAGACGAGACCCUUAUCGUCUCUGGUUUGCAUCAGUCAUCUUGUUCCACCUGGUCUACGAUGAUACAGAUGUCAAGGCUACAGCAAUGAAUGUAACUGAUGGUGAUGCAGAAAAUGGCGAAGAAGUAGUAACUUGCCUUCAAACCAUUACAGGAAAUCUUCUUGAUGGGAUUAAGAUGGGUGCUGAUGAACGUGUCCUGAUUGCGUAUUUGAUGCUUCUGUGUGGAUGGUUAUUCGAAGAUCCAGAUGGUGUUAAUGAUUUUCUUGGGGAGGGAAGUCAUCUCCAAAGCUUAGCACAUGCUGUACACACGAAUACUACGGACAACUUGAUAGUUCAAGGGCUAUGUGUCAUGUUAUUGGGGAUUAUUUAUGAAUUUUCUACAAAAGACUCCCCUAUUGCAAGAGCCGUAAUACAUCAGAUUAUCCUCUCAAAAUUGGGUAGAGACCAGUAUAUUGAUCGGCUAAAGAAGUUAAGAAGUCACCCAUUAAUACGCGACUACGAAGUUCUACCCCAGAAGCUCAGCUCAAGUGUUGCUGGAGGCCUUCCGGAGGUAUACUUUGACAUGACUUUUGUUGAAUUUGUAAAAGACAACUACAGCCGUGUUAUUCGCGCCAUUGACCGUGAUCCUGGAUAUGAGGUUUCAGUUAUUACGAAUGGCGUACAAAAAGGUAUAUCUCGAGAGAUGGUUGACUCUCUACAACUUCAACUUGAAGAGAAAGAAAGGUUGUUGCAAGACUGUUACAAAAAAAUGAAUGAAUUGGAAAAUAAUCUCAACCAGGAGCAGAAUAAACACCAAUCAUAUAAAGAGGCAACCGGAAGAGAGAUUUCCCAAGCAAAAUACGAGAUACAAUCACUACAGGCGCAGCAUGAGAAUGAAAUCAAUAAAAUUUUGCAAAAUAAAAAUCAGUCUAUUCAGGACUACCAACGACAGCUCGAUCGUGUCACGGUAGCCGCCGAUAAAGAGACUAAAGAAACUCGAAGAUUGCUUGAUGAAAAGACAAAAGAUUUUCAGGAUAAAAUUGAAGAACUUCAAGCUGAACUUGGCCAGGUAGCGAAGAAAAAUCAUGCUGGGAAAUUACAACUUGCUCAUGACCAAUAUAAAUCACUCAAUGAAAAAACUGCAGUAUUAAUAAAGUCACUAGAAAUAAAAUCGGAAUCGAUUCUAUCAGAAAGGAAUGAAGCACUAGAUGAAAUCUCCAUUCUCAAGAAUUCUCUUAGUCAAACAAAGAGAGAAAGACAAUCUGCACAAGCAGAAUUAGAGGAUCUAUUGAUGGUUUUUGCUGAUAUGGAAGAGAAGCUCACAAUAUAUAAAGAGAAGUUAAAAGGGUUGGGGGAGUCAGUCUCUGACGUAGAAGAUGAGGCUGACAAUAAGAGUAACGCAAGCUGA